GCAGGUGCCAUGACUCAGCAGCCCCAGGAGGGCUUCGACAGGAGCGUGGAGGACGCCUGGGAGUGGAUGAAGGCCGUGCAGGAUCAGCUGCAGAUCAACGACAACACCCAGGGGCCCCGUGCCGCCCUGGAGGCCAGGCUUCGGGAGACCGAGAAAAUAUGCCAGCUAGAGCCAGAGGGGCGCAUGAAGGUGGACCUGGUGUUGCAGGCAGCCGAGGCGCUCCUGGCAUGCUGCGACGAAGCCCAGAAGCCUGCCAUCCUGGCCCAGCUCAGGGACAUCAAGGCCCAGUGGGAGGAGACAGUCACCUACAUGACUCACUGUCACAGCCGCAUCGAGUGGGUGUGGCUGCACUGGAGCGAAUACCUGCUGGCCCGAGAUGAGUUCUACCGCUGGUUCCAGAAGAUGAUGGUGGUGCUGGAGCCCCCCGCGGAGCUGCAGCUGGGCCUGAAGGAGAAGCAGUGGCAGCUGAGCCACGCCCAGGUGCUGCUGCAGAACGUGGACAACCAGGCCGUGCUCCUGGACCGGCUGCUGGAGGAGGCGGCCUCCCUGUUCAACAGGAUCGGGGACCCCAGCGUGGAUGAAGAUGCCCAGAAGAGGAUGAAGGCCGAGUACGACGCCGUGAAGGCCAGAGCCCGGGACAGGGUGCGCCUGCUGGAGCAGGUGGCCCGGGAGCACGAGCAUUUCCAGGCCCACGUGGACGAGUUCCAGCUGUGGCUGCAGGCGGUGGUGGAGAAGGUGAACGGCUGCAUGGGGCGGAGCUGCAAGCUCACCACCAAGCGCCGUCUCUCUGCGCUGCAGGACAUCGCCAAAGAGUUCCCCAGGGGUGAGGAGUCUUUGAAGAGACUGGAGGAAGAGGCUAUGGGGGUCAUCCAAAAUACCUCUCCUUUGGGUGCAGAGAAGAUCACUGAAGAACUGGAAGAGAUGCAGAAAGUUCUGGAGAAACUUCGAGCCCUCUGGGAGGAAGAAGAGGGGCGGCUCCGGGGCCUGCUCAAGUCCAAGGGAGCCUUUGAGCGGCAGAGGAAGCAGCUGGAGGCCGAGCUGGGAGAGUUCAGGAAGGGCCUGCAGAGGCUGGCCGAGGAGGGCCUGGAGCCCGCUGCGAAGGCAGGCACUGAGGACGAGCUGGUGGCCCGCUGGAGACUCCACUCGGCCACGCGGGUGGCACUGGCCACGGAGGAGCCCCGGGUGGACCGGCUGCAGGCCCAGCUGAAGGAGCUCAUUGUCCUCCCCCAUGACCUGCAGCAGCUCCCGGACAGCGUCAUCGCUGCCAUCCAGGAGUUCCAGAGCAUGAAAGGAAAGAGUUCCAGGCUGCGCAAUGCUGCGGGCGUGGAGCUGUGGCAGCGUUUCCAGCGGCCGCUGCAGGACCUGCAGCUGUGGAGGGCGCUGGCCCAGAGGCUCCUGGAUGUCACCGCCAGCCUGCCAGACCUGCCCUCCAUUCACACGUUCCUGCCCCAGAUUGAGGCGGCCCUGGCAGAAAGCUCCCGCCUGAAGCAGCAGCUGACCAUGCUGCCGCUGAAGAAAGACCUGCUGGGCAGUGUCUUCGGCCAGGAGAGGUCCACUGCCCUCCUGGAGCAGGUGGCGAGUUCCGUGAGGGACAGAGACCUGCUACACAACAGCCUCCUGCAGAGGAAGAGCAAGCUGCAGAGCUUGCUUGCUCAGCACAAAGACUUCGGGGCUGCUUUCGAGCCCCUGCAGAGGACGCUCUCGGACCUCCAGAUCAGGGUCCAAGCCGAGAAUGAGCUUCAGCGGGACCUUCCUGGGAAACAGGCCCAGCUUUCAAGGUUGCAGGGGCUGCAGGAAGAGGGGCUGGACCUGGGGGUGCAGAUGGAGGCCACCAGGCCUUUCAUCCAGGGGAACCCUAACCACCAGCACAAAAUGGACCAGCUUUCCGCCAACUACCAGGCCCUGCAGAGGUCUCUGGAGGACCUCGUGGAUGGGUGCCAGCGGAGCAUGCGGGAACACUGCACCUUCAGCCACGAGCUGCUGGAGCUGCAACAGUGGAUAGCUGUGGUCACUCAGAAGCUGGAGUCGUACCUGGGGGACACGGGCCCGUGGGAUGCCCAGGCCCGAGAGGCUGAAGUCCAGCGGCUGCUGGCUGAAUUCCCCGAGAAGGAGGCCCAGCUGUCCCUGACCGAAGCGCACGGCUGUCUGGUGAUGGAGAAGUCCUCCCUAGAAGGGGCCGCUGUGGUCCAGGAGGAGCUGGGGGCGCUGGCGGAGUCGUGGCGGGCCCUGCGGCUGCUGGAGGAAAGCCUGCUGAGCCUCAUAAGGAACCGGCAGCUGCAGGGGACAGAAGUGGACUCAGGGAAGAAAAUGAUUUUCACCAAUAACAUCCCGAAGAGCGGGUUCCUCAUCAACCCCACGGACCCCAUCCCCAGGCGGCACCGUCAGGCAGAGCUGCUCCAGGACGCAGAAGGCAGCGGGGAAGGCUUCCCCCAGCUCCGGAGGCGCUUCGAGCAGUGGCUGCAGGUGGAAAACGCUAAGCUGGUGAGAAUCAUCGCAAUGAGAGCUGCCACGGCCAAGGACACGAGGACCAGAGAAACGAAGCUGCAGGAACUGGAGGCUCGGGUACCAGAAGGCCAGCAUCUCUUUGAGAACCUCCUUCGUCUCGGGCCAGCAAGGGGGACCCCGGAGGAGCUGGAGGACCUGCGCUACCGGUGGAUGCUGUACAAGUCCAAGCUCAAGGACUCCAGCCAGCUGCUGACGCAGAGCUCUCCAGGGCAGCCGACUGGAUUCCAGAAGCCCCGGUGGUGGCGCCAGGGGCCCCGCGCCCUCCUCCGCAGGGUGUGCUGCGUGGCAUUGCCCCUGCAGCUGCUGCUGCUGCUGCUCCUGCUGCUGCUGCUCCUGCUCCCCGUGGGCGAAGACGACCGCAGCUGCACGCUGGCCAACAACUUCGCCCGCUCCUUCACGCUCGUGCUCCGCUACAGCGGCCCCCCGCCCACCUAGCCCCCGGGGGCGCCCGGUGACUCUCCUCCAACCUUCCAUCGGCCCGAGCUCCCCCCGAGGGUGCCGGGGACGCUGGAGACGGGCCGGCCAGGUGGCAGAGCCGCCCUGUGUAGACACCGUAUCCACGUUUCCAGCGCAGAGCUCCUUUUUAUACAGUGUCCUCUCAGUCUGUUUAUACGGAAUGUAUACUGCGUGGCCAGGAAUGAUGUACAGAAUUUUUAUAUACUCUGUGUAAAUGCUCAGCGUGUACAGUCUCAUAGAUGGCAUCUAUUCGUGGUUGGGGGAAAGCUGAGGCAUUUUGGCCUUGGUCUGCUGUCAGCCCUGGAAACCCAAACGUGCCCCUUGGAUGGCCACCUCUUACCCAGAGGCCAACCCCAACCCAGAUGUUACUGCGAAGGCCCCUGAGCCGUCACACGGAUGAACAGCCCAGGCCCUCCCUCACCGCCCAGUGACUCUUGUUUUAGGCACAAGGAGAACAAACCGGCUUGUCUAGUUUUAAAAAUGACAGCAGGUUCGGUGCUAUGGGUUAGAAGCAGAAAUGGUGAUGACCAGUGGCAGGCCCAGUGACAGCAGUGAAAAGUGACAAGUGAUAGAGUGACAUGAAGGAGAGGGGAGACCUACAGAGAGCAGACCCAGGAAGGACUAAGAGGCGCCGCAGAACGGGGGCACCGCGUGCAGGAGCCCCGGCAGCAGGGACCGUGACGUGUGUCCGUGACCACGCUCGGAGUCUCCGGGAAACGGUUAGAUGGCGCCCCGUGUUCUGUUCAGGGAGAAAAUCAAGGAGAGAGACGUCACCGCUAAGAUCUCCGUGGAGCGAGGGGAGCACGCUCCGUGUGCAGCAGCCGCCUGACAGUGACAGUCACGGGGAGGCUGUGUUACCUCCCAGCCACUCUUGGUCUGAGCUUGUCAACUUCUCCAACUCAAGCUGAAGGGACAGAAGGGGAGCCCCUGUCACACUAGGGAAGAGGGAUUGAGUGUCCAAGACAGAGACGAGAGCUCGGCCUUGGAACUCGGCCCAUCUGAAGGGCUCUCCCUCCUGCUCCCAGAAGGGACUUUGGACAGAGGCAGGUCCUCUGGACCAAGAAUGUCCCACACGUGCUCCCACAGGGGAGCCAGGCCCCAGGUGCCCCAAACCUGGCCCUCUCCCUCUCUGCCAGAGCUAGGCAUCUGGGCUCCAUGUACCAUCCGGGCAGGGGACUCUGUGCUGGGUCCCGAGGCCAGCAACAUGCCCUUCCUCCCCUGGGAACUCGAGUGAUUCCUAAGCACUGUAUAACUGGAUCGUGUUUUCAUUAAACCAACACUAAGUUUUCCUUUUAAAAAA